AUGGAAGGUGAGAACCCCUUCCUGUUCAAAUACCUGAGCGUUCAAGGUCUCGUGUCAUGUCAAUUCACAGGUGCAUAUUGCCGUGACUGACGUUUGUACAAAAUGGCUGAAGUACAGAGCAAGCUGCGUUUGUUUGUGAGGCAACUGUCUCCUGUCCCCGAGAAAAUAGAACCCUUCACCAAAUCACAGUGGAGCUGGUGCCCGUCCAUAGCCCUCGCAUUGUUCUAUGGGGUAGUGACGAUCUACUCAUUGAUUGCAUUCACACUGUGGUACAAGUCAGCUGUUCUCAAGUACGAUGUCGGCGUGUUCCUCACCACCUGGUCCUACUGUACGGUACUCCUCCACUUCCUACUGUCCACACUCAUCGUAUGUACUCACCAUGUAUCAGUGUACUGUCUGCAAUCCCGUUCUGCUGUGAGGAAUAGACGAAGUGAUGAGGACUCCUCGAACCAGGACGGUCUACCCGACACCACCCGACACCAACGACGACGCCAGCAACAUUUCUGAAAACAACACCAGCAACAAGUGGAUCACGUGUCGGGACCACUUCUUGAAACACGUGACCAUUCCAGUAUCAUGGAUACUGUCCAAUAUUGUUUUUGUGUUUGCGAUCGUUGUGACAGGCGUUUACUACAGCUAUCUGUCCGAAGGAUGUCACCUGCGGGAGAUUCUUCAACAUCAACGUCCACGCUCUGAACACCGUCUUCAUCGUCGUGGAUGUCAUCGUCAACGGACGCCCAGUGCGAAUGUGUCACGUAGUUUACCCUUUCAUCUUUGGAUUUAUCUAUGUAAUGUUUACUGUAUUCUUCUGGGCGCCCGAUCACAGUCGUGUUAUCUACCGCAUUGUGCUGAACUGGAACAAACCAGGACUGACAAUUGGCGUUUUGGUUGGUGCCAGUAUUGGCAUUGCGUUGCUCCAUGCUCUUCACCUUGGAAUCUACAAACUUAAACUUUGUCUGUACAAUAGAAAAUACCAAGAACCUAUUCGAGUUUAAACGAUAAAUAAUAUAGGGAGAUAUUACCAUACUAUGAAGGUCCAAGUCUUGCCGAUAGGGUUUGCCUUAACUGCACUUAUAUAUUAUAUCUGUGAUGUUGUUCAGUGGUCCGGGACACGUCAGCGAAGUGUUGUGUCUUAUAAUCGAAUCCACUGAUCGAUCUGAUUCCAAGUUCGCCCAGUAGAUAGCCAGUACCUGUGCUCAUGGAUUUAAUAAAAGUGCUUAACGUCGGCGGAUCGUCUCCUUGGGAUUUCUUGCCAUGUUCAGGAUGUUUCCUGGAAGAAGUUUUGUGACAAUACGCACAUCGAUGAGGACGGUAUCGGUAAUCCUUUGAUAAUGUCUUAUAACACCAUGUGUAUGAUAUAAAGCAGAGAGUUUCUGAGAUUAUGGAAGCUGUUUACUCGCUUCUGUUUAACAUUAUAUUUCAAAGUGUUGUCAUAUAAUGCAAAUAUGAACCGAGUAUCACAGACCAAGAAGCAAGUCUUCAAUGAUACGGCGUGAUAUAUAUAAAACAGAAUUCCAAUUCUAAUAUAGGUCACAUAUUGCUUCCGACAAACGUGAACGAGGAGAGGACGUAAUGUUCUACUGCGUCACUGACGUGUAACCCUCAUCUUACCAGUUGCUUGAUAACGACAUUAGAAUCUAAAUCGAAACGUCGCCUCUCAAGAAUAAAGAAGUUGUAUAUCCAUAAAAUUAUCAUCGUUCUUCAUCACCUGAACUUCUAAAAUGCCCAUCAAAGAAGUGUUUGAAUAUUGCUCAGCAUAAAGUGAAAGGUGACUAUUGGAAGGAAGAAUUAAUCCAGUGGAAUAAUUCAAAAACAGCUUCUACAUUCUUGCAUACUAGUUUCUCUCUACCAGCUCAGCAAUAAAUGUUAAUAAGUAUUUAUAAGUAUUUUUUUCACGAAAGCUCUGAACCUGGGGUGGAUGGGGUUAACUUACUCAGAUGACAGCCAAGUGUGCAUCAGUGCAAAAGCAUCCCAAUUAAGUGAUCGGAAAACUCAGCUAGAGACCUGUGUCGAAGAGGUGCGCUCCUGGGUUUAGUCCAAUUUUCUGAAAAUGAAUGAC